UCCAAGCCGCUCUGCCUGCGCUGGCUCGAGAAGGAACCGCUCAGGCCGUCGCCGCCUGCCCAGUGUGGACGCGGAGAAGGAGGCGGAAGGAGGUCGCGCUCGUCCGCUAGCUCCUCCCGCACCCGGCUCCCCAGCAGGCGCGGCGCCCAGGGGAGGAGCCGCCGCCGCGGGCACGCCCCGCCGCCGGCCAGGGGGCGACGACGCCGGCCGGCCGCCGCCCCCUCGCCGGCGAGACCCGCCCCCGGCCCGCCCCGGCGGCAUGGAGGGGCAGCGUUCUUGACGGCCGUGCCGCCGCCCGGGCUCGGCUCCUCCCGCCGUCCCCGCUCCCUCGCUCGCAUGUCCGCGCCGCCGUAGCCGAGGAUGCUGAGGAUGAAGCUGCCGCCGAAGUCGACGCACCCCAGCGAGCCGCCACCCGACGCGGAGGAGCCCGGGGCGGACGCGAGGCCGGGCGCAAAGGCGCCGCUGCGCCGCCGCCGCGAUUGCCGCCCGCCGCCGCCGCCCACGGGCCUGUCGCGGGGCCCCCCUCCGCCGCCGCCGCCGCCGCCGUCGCCGCCGCCGCCCCGGGGGCUCGAGCCGCCUGUUGCUGACGGGCCGACGGUGGGCGCGGGCAUGCCGGGCGGCGGCGGGCACGCGGCGGCGCUGCGCGAGCAGGAGCGGGUGUACGAGUGGUUCGGGCUGGUGCUGGGCUCGGCGCAGCGCCUGGAGUUCAUGUGCGGGCUGCUGGACCUGUGCAACCCGCUGGAGCUGCGCUUUCUCGGCUCGUGCCUGGAGGACUUGGCGCGCAAGGACUACCACUACCUGCGCGACUCCGAGGCCAAGGCCAACGGCCUCUCGGACCCAGGGUCGCUGUCAGACUUCCGAGAUCCCGCCGUGCGUUCGCGCCUCAUCGUUUACCUGGCGCUGCUGGGCUCGGAGAACCGGGAGGCCGCCGGCCGCCUGCACCGCCUCCUGCCCCAGGUGGACGCGGUGCUCAGGAGCCUGCGCGCCACUCGGGCCGAGGGCUCGCGGGGCAGCGUGGAGGACGAGCCGGGUGGCGAUGGCGAGCAGGACGCGGAGAAGGACGGCCUCGGCCCGGAGGGCGGCGGCUGCGCCGAGCUGGGGACUGGAGGCGGGCUUGGCUUCAGGGCCCAGGAGGAACUGCUGCUGCUCUUCACCAUGGCUUCGCUGCACCCGGCUUUCUCCUUCCACCAGCGGGUCACCCUGAGGGAGCACCUGGAGAGGCUCCGCAGCGCGCUCCGCGUGGAGCCGGACGACGCGGAGGUGGAGCCGUGCAACUUUGCGGGCUCCAGGGCCCAGAACGACUCUGCUUGUGGUGAUUAUAUACAGAGUAAUGAGACUGGCUUAGAACAAGCCCCAAUACCUCAAGGUGGACUCACUGUGACCCCUCACAGAGCUCAGCGAGAAGCUGUACACAUUGAGAAGAUAAUGUUGAAAGGAGUCCAGAGAAAAAGGGCUGACAAAUAUUGGGAGUACACGUUCAAAGUAAAUUGGUCUGACCUUUCAGUCACAACAGUAACAAAAACCUACCAAGAGCUACAGGAAUUUCUACUGAAGCUUCCAAAGGAAUUGUCUUCUGAGACUUUUGACAAGACCAUCUUAAGAGCCCUGAAUCAGGGUUCUUUAAAAAGGGAAGAGCGGCGGCACCCUGACCUGGAGCCCAUCCUAAGGCAGCUAUUUUCAACUUCAUCCCAGGCUUUCCUUCAGAGUCAGAAAGUACGCAGCUUUUUCCGGUCAUUAUCCUCGGAGUCUCAACACAGCCUCCAUAACUUACAGUCCUCUCUGAAGACUUCUAAGAUAUUAGAACACUUAAAAGAAGACAGCUCAGAAGCUUCAAGUCAAGAAGAAGAUGUGUUACAGCACACCGUAAUUCACAAGAAACACGCUGGCAAGAGCCCUGCUGGGAACAGUGUUGGUACGAGCUGUUCUCCGUUGGAUGGGCUUACCUUGCAGUAUGUGGAACAGAAUGGAACUGUGGAUUGGAGGAACCAAGGCUGUGCCACCAUCCAGCACCCAGAGCACUGUGUGACCUCGGCUGACCAACACUCUGCUGAAAAACGGAGCUUAUCUUCAGUAAAUAAGAAGAAAGGGAAGCCGCAAAUAGAAAAGGAGAAAAUUAAGAAAACGGAGAACAGAUUGAGCAGUAGAAUAAAUGGUGUUAGACUCUCUGCUCCUCAGCACGCUCAUGGCAGUCCUGGGAAAGAGCUGUUGUUUUUAGAUAUGAAUUUGGACAUUGGAUCUGGACAUGACACAUGUGGAGAAACAUCUUCAGAGAGUUACAGUUCUCCGUCUAGUCCACGACAUGAUGGAAGAGAAAGUUUUGAAAGUGAAGAAGAAAAGGACAGAGACACGGACAGCAAUUCUGAAGAUUCGGGGAGCCCAUCAGCAGCCAGGUUUACAGACUAUGGCUCUGUCAACCAGACUGUCGCUGUCAAGCCACCUGUUCAGAUUGUCUCCCUGGGGACCGAGAGUGGAAGCCUUUUAGAAGCCCCUCUGACCUCACACAAGUAUCCGCAUAUUCCCUUUAUGCCAACUCUACACUGUGUCAUGCACAAUGGUGCCCAGAAGUCAGAAGUUGUUAUUCCUUCACCCAGAUCUGCAGAUGGCAAAACAAUAGGGAUGCUUGUUCCUGACCCUAUGGCUAUUUCUACAGUAAUGGAAUCCACAAAUUCAAGCCCUGUUGGAAUCCUAGGCCCCGCAGCUUCUGGAGAAUCAGAGAAACACCUGGAAUUGUUGGCUUCCCCUUUACCUAUCCCAUCCUCCUUCCUUCCACACAGUAGUACUCCUGCUUUGCAGCUAACAUUGCAGAGACUAAAAUUGCCACCACCACAGGGGUCUCCUGAGAGUUGCACAGUUAAUAUUCCACAACAGCCAAGCGGAAGUCUGAGCAUUGGAUCACCGAACACUGCCUUUAUUCCUGUCCACAACCCAGGUAGUUUCCCGGGAUCUCCUGUGGCUGCCACGGACCCCAUCACAAAAUCUGCGUCCCAACUGGUAGGACUAAAUCAAAUGGUGCCUCAGAUUGAGGGAAACCCAGGAGCAGUCCCUCCGCCCACCAAUGUGAAGGUAGUUCUUCCGGCAGCCGGUCUCUCAGCUGCACAGCCACCAGCGUCCUACAGCUUCCCAGGCUCACCCCUUGCUGCCAGUGUGCUACCCACCCAGAAUUCCAGUGUGCUCAACACAGCCACUUCCGCCCAGCCAGCAAGUGCAGGCACCAGUCAAGCCCAGUCCACAGUUCCUCCUGCUGUUCCUACCCACACCCCGGGCCCCGCCCCAAGCCCCAGCCCCGCCUUGACACACAGUACGGCUCAGAGUGAUAGCACAUCUUACAUCAGUGCUGUGGGGAGCACGAACGCUAAUGGGACCCUAGUGCCACCACAGCAGAUGGGCUCAGGUCCUUGUGGUUCUUGUGGGCGAAGGUGCAGUUGCGGGACCAAUGGAACCCUUCAACUAAGUAGUUACUAUUAUCCCAAUCCGAUGCCUGGACCAGUGUACCGAGUCCCAUCAUUCUUUACUCUGCCAUCCAUUUGCAAUGGCAGCUACCUCAACCAAGCACAUCAGAGCAAUGGAAACCAACUUCCUUUUUUUCUGCCUCAGACUCCAUAUGCAAAUGGACUGGUGCAUGACCCAGUCAUAGGGAGCCAAGCCAACUAUGGCAUGCAGCAGAUGGCAGGAUUUGGGAGAUUGUAUCCUGUAUAUCCAGCACCUAAUGUAGUUGCCAAUACCAGUGGUUCUGGGCCCAAGAAGAACGGGAAUGUCUCAUGUUACAAUUGUGGUGUGAGCGGACAUUAUGCACAGGACUGUAAGCAGUCAUCCAUGGAGGCCAGUCAACAAGGCACUUACAGACUGAGAUACGCACCUCCCCUCCCCCCUUCUAAUGAUACGUUGGAUUCUGCAGACUGAACGAGUAAAGCUUGCCUGCUUAAUGCACUCAAGUGUGGGGAGUCAUGGGGCGUGCAGGGGGGAAGGAAAGGUAUUUUGUCUCUUUAUACAUCGCCUAAAUUUCUGUGCAGUCGGGAGUUUUCAUUUCUCUUGUACCAGUGUCCAAAAUAAGAAGGAACGCGACGCUCCUGAGCCUCUGGUCCCCUGGCUCCACAGCAGGCUUGUACGACACGUGUAACUUAAAUUUCAGACAGACUCUCGAACAAAAAAUACUGAUGUGUGCUUUUUUACACUGAAUACUUGCUGUGUGCAAUGUUUACUGAAUCUUUAGACUGUGUAUUGACCUUAUUUGUUCUCACGACGCUGGUGACAGUCGUAUGGUUGGGAAAAAGCUGUGCUUCCGGCGGCUUCCUCACUCUGCCCCUGCUCCCUGCCUGCUGCGGGAGUGCCCAGCAAUGUCCUUGUCGCACUCUGUAACCUGCUCUGUGUACGAAAUGAACCAAGGGCAACAUGUUUCUCCUUACGUGUAGAAAUCAGAUUGCCGAGAUAUGUAUAUAUGUCACACAAACCUCACAUGAAUACAUAUAUGCAGCACUUGUCCAAAUAACUUGAAAACAAGUGGGAGAGAGGAAGUCAGACUGCGGGAAGCGGAAAAUGUGACCUGGACAAACCUUGUUUCCUUGAGAGAAAGGAACUUUUCCUCCCAGCACACGUUUGUAACCUAUUGCUUCAGAGACACGGUGAACACACUGGUGUGAACGCUGUUCUCUGUUUGCGUGUGUCUGUGACGACAGUUAGCAGCCAGUCCUACUUGUUGUCUACCACCUGCUCAGCACCACCUGAGUGAAGACGUCAUCUUCUGCCGCGCCAGCUGUCACAGUGUCAGACCCACGUGUGUUCCCAUGUGUGUGGUUUGUCGCAGCUGAACAGGAGCUGUGGGUUUCUACAAAAGUCAGGUGUCUGCUCCCUAACCAUAAGCAAGUCACUUUUAUAGCCGUUUAGCACUCUGCUCGACUAUAGUGUGAAAGACUGGGUUCCGAGUGUGUUGAGAUGGUCUUCAUCAUGUCAGUGUCGUGUCACUAAGUUCCAUGCUGCUGUUUGUUUUGUUUUUUAACAUUUUAAAAAAGCCAAUCUAUGUACUAAAUUGCUUCCAGGUAAUUUUUUGAUUUCCUGAAGUGCACUGAGGUUAUCUGGGAGAUUGGAUAUGUCUUCAGUGACUGCUACACUCAAGAGCAGUGAGAAAGUACCACCACAUAGUCAUAAGCUUAAGGGGUAAGAGGUUUCCAUUCCUCGGUGAAGAGUAGAAGUGAUUGGCUGGGGUGAUGGGUUAUGCUUGUGGGGUGGCAGAGGCACUGAAGUGUUUGGUCUGGGUUCAGAAGCCUGACAUUGUGAGACAAAGAAAAAAAAACUUGAAGAAAAAGAAGCUAAUUCAACACUUCAAAAGUAGCAUUUAUAUUUAUAGCACCAAUGUACAUUCUGAAACUUUCAGGGGUAGGCGCAGUGGAGGCGCUAUCGGGAGAGAAGCGGGGAGUGUGACCAGGUAGAUGAAAGCUUUAAUUUAGAAAGAAAACGUUCAAGUAAAGGAAAUUAUUUUGAUUAAAUAUAUUUUAUUUGAUCUGGGUAUUUUUGGACCACAUUAUUAAAUUGUUAAGCUGCGGUUGAGUUGUUCAGGGGAGAGUAAGCCUUGUACAAAGGUCGUUGUGACUCACUUGCCAGGUGUGCUUUAUGGGGCUUAUUUUAUGAUUUCAAAUACUGUACUGUACAUAGGAGGUGUGUUACCUUCUCCUUAUUUGUAUGUUUACCGCAUACUUUGAUAUCUGAAAUGUUAUGUACUGGAAAGACCACUUAUAUUUCUAGGACAGAUUGGAUUUUAUGCAACCUUUUUCCUUGAAUUAACAGCAAUAAAAACAAUGAAAACAGCUUAAGAAUUGUGCCUUAUUGCAAGUUUUAUAAACUUGGAAGUGGUUUUCAUGGUAAUUUGUCUUUUAAAGAAUCAGUUCCUGUCCCUCCUCACGUGGGCAGUGUCUCCCAACAUGACUUACUGCCUGGAUGUCCUCAGGCUUUCCCUAGUGCAGGUCAGCAGUGCGGCCUCCAAAGGAAGGGAAGACUGUAUGUCAUGGUCAUCUUCGUAAACAGGGUGGAGCCCUUCCCGGAGAAACUAGGUCUGGUUUAGGAUCCCCCUCAAUCACAGCACAGAGGACCCGACUUUUCCAUUUUGUUGAUUUCUUUCUACUUUUGUAGUUUUUCUUUUUUUGGCUGUGGGAGGCACACAACUAUCAUGGUUCAAUAUUGAGUUAUUUUCUUGUUGUAUGUGUCAAAGUCUAAAGCCAUCAGACAUUCCUAACACAUUGGAGACCAGUGUGCCCACUGUGCUGACAAGGUUUUUCUGAAGUGCCUCUACCCUCGGUACUCAACACGGGCAGGACACUGUGAAGGGUGUUAGACUAUUGCCUGGCCACAUGUGUGUUUGGUUGUUCAUAGACCACUAUAUUAGUUACUGUACUACUGUCAUGAUAGAACAGGAUGCGGUGCUGAGAGCUGGUUUCAACUGCAAGUGGGAAGUAGAGCAAACUGGGAAUGGCAGGAGGCUUUGAACCCUCACAGCCUGCCUCCAGUGACACGCUUCUCCACCAAAGCCUUCCCAAACUUCACUAGUCACCAGUUGGGGCCUAAGUAUUCAGUGCCUGAGACUGGAGGACAUUAUCAUUCAAGCCACAACAGGCACCAGCUUCCCUCACAGGAGGGAUGAACUUUUACAUUAACCAGCCUCCCGCUGCUCUCACCCCUCACCUACCAGUCCAUCUGUUCAUGCUCUUCUUGACCUGUGUGAAAGAGUCUUCUCACACAGCCCGCCGGGCCUCUCUCUGCUCAUGUGGUUUGUGACCCAGGCUGCACUCCUGACACUCCUUUUCACACCUUGGAAUAAUCUCACAAGGAUGGGUAUUGAUAAAUAGAUCCAUUGUUCUGUCGAUGGACAUCCCGGUGGCUUCUCUUUUUCUUUUCAACUUACGGCCAGUGAUGCCUUUGUGCUGCCCUGGUUUGUGUGUCAGAGCUUGUCAGAGCAUGCAGUCAUUCCGUAAGAUGCAGAUACAAUGGCU